AUGGUUAGCGUCACCAACCGGGUAAACACGUCGCCGCCGCAAAACCCCCGUAACCUCCUUCAACGGGAGCGGGACCAGCUGGCUUGGGACCCCGUCAAGAUGAACUACUUUUUGGAAGGGCUGCAAGAGCGCUCGGAACACGUCGCCGACGUGUUGCAGCUGCUUGAGCGGGACCCCAUCUUGGCGGUGGGCCCCGGAACCUACGACGAAACCAAGGCCGAACAGAGAGAAACCACCGCCAAAAAGAUCGCUCGCCUCGCCCAGUACCUCGAAAUUGAAGGCGAAGACAAGUUCGCCACCCGGUUGCUGGUGGUGGGGACGUUUGAUCCGCAAUUGAACACCAGAGUCAGUGUCCACCUCGGGUUGUUUGUUCCCGCCGUCCGCGGUAACGGUACUUUCGAGCAAAGAAACUACUGGUUGGACGACAAGGCGACCAGCAUCAAGACCGUGUACGGGUGCUUUGGGAUGACCGAGUUGGCCCACGGUUCUAACGUCCCCGGUUUGCAAACCACCGCCACUUUCGACGAGGAAACCGACGAAUUCGUCAUCAACACCCCCCACAUUGGUGCCUCGAAGUGGUGGAUUGGUGGUGCCGCUCACUCCGCCACCCACUGUGCCACCUACGCGAGACUUAUCGUUAAGGGUAAGGACUACGGUGUCAAGGUGUUUGUGGUGCCUUUGAGAGACGCCGACUUUAACUUGAACCCCGGUGUCACCGUCGGCGACAUUGGUGCCAAGAUGGGGCGUGACGGGAUCGACAACGGGUGGAUCCAGUUCUCCAACGUCCGCAUCCCCCGCUUCUUCAUGUUGCAGAAGUUCUGCAAGGUCACCCGCAACGGUGAGGUCACCUUGCCUCCCUUGGAACAAUUGUCGUACUCGGCUCUCUUGGGCGGCAGAGUCAGCAUGGUUGAGGACUCGUUCCGGAUGAUCUCUCGUAUGACCACCAUCGCUCUCAGAUACGCCAUUGGCCGUACCCAAUUCCCCAAGGACAGCAACCCCAAGGAAGAGCAGCAGAUCAUCGACUACUCGCUCCACCAGCGUCGUCUUUUCCCUUACUUGUCGGCGGCCUACGUCGCUGCUGCCGGGGCCUAUAAGUGCCGGGUUGAGGCUCGCACCAUCAUGGCCAACAUCGAUGUGGCGGUGAAGAACAACGACAAGCAAGGGUUGAAGCAGGCUAUCCUCGACCUCAAGCAAUUGUUCGUCGACUCUGGGUCGUGCAAGUCCAACUUGACGUGGAUGGCGGCUGAGUGUAUCGCUGAAUGCCGUCAAGCCUGUGGUGGUCACGGCUACCUGGCCUACAACGGGUUUGGCCGUGCCUUCAGCGACUGGCACGUCAUGUGCUCGUGGGAAGGUGACAACAACAUCUUGGGUGUCCACGUCGGUAAGUCGAUGUUGAAGCAGUACAUUGACGCUCGCGACAAGGGCAAGGCCCCCUCGGACUCGAUCAAGUUCUUGGCUGAGUCGGCCGACUUCACCGGCAGCAACAGCAAGCAGACGGUGCUCAAGUCGCCCCAAGACGUGUUGGAUUUGAACAAGUUCGCUCGCGCUUUGGAAGUGGGGAUGGUGAGAUUGUCGGAGCGGGCUGCCAGCAAGCUCAAGCAAAACCAAGGCAACAUGGACACCUUGGGCCCCGAAUUGGUGUUGCUUACUCGCUUGAGAGCCCACCACUACUUGGUGCGUGAAUACGCUCGCCGGGUGGCCGAACACCCUGACAACCUGGUGAAGCCUUACUUGGAAUUGAUGGGUCAAAACUAUGCUGCCGCCUUCGUGUUGCAACAGGUGCUGACGUUGUUCCUCACUUACAACUUGAUUGACUCGGAAACCUUUGGUGACGUCAACAGUGACGUGUUGCCCGAUCUUGCCAAGAAGAUUCGCCCCCACGUCGUUGCCUUCACUGACUCGUUCCAGCUUUCCGACGCUAUCAUCAACUCCGCCAUUGGUAAGUGGGACGGCGACUUGUACGAGAACUACUUCAACAUUGUUUGCCAACAAAACCCUCCCAGCCAAACCAAAGCCCCCUACUCCGAGGUUCUUGAGAAAGCGAUUGGCAGAGGGCCCUUGGACCGUCGUGACCGCUACGAAAAGACCGGCGAAGCCGCUAAGCAAUUGUCUAAGUGA